AUGUUGACUGCACUCACGGAUCGCAUGCAAGCGCUCGAGGCGUCGCAGAUGCGACGAGGACGAGCGACUGCGAGGCGCAAUCGACAGUGGCUUAUUUUGCGUCAGCGCUGGGACGCGGCAUGGGCGAUACGACUCUACAUCGUGACGCGCUAG